AUGUCGCAACCUUUUCAAACAUUAUAUCUUCCAUCCUCCAAGUGCGGCAACUUGGCCUGCACCCUGCCGAGGAACGCCACGGCCGUUUCGUCCGAGAAGCCCGUCACGAAGGACGUAGGAUCCGCCCUCGGCCUCGGCCUCUUUUCUACUUUUCUGGAUGCGGCGUGGUCGUUUGCCGUCACCCAUUGUAUUAUGAUCGCCGAGAAGAGGACUGUCGGGAAGGCAGAAGAGGAUGGGUAG